AUGAGCGACAAGCAGAGCGACGAGCAGAGCGACGAGCAGAGCGACGAGCAGAGCGACGAGCAGAGCGACGAGCAGAGCGACGAGCAGAGCGACGAGCAGAGCGACGAGCAGAGCGACGAGCAGAGCGACGAGCAGAGCGACGAGCAGAGCGACGAGCAGAGCGACGAGCAGAGCGACGAGCAGAGCGACGAGCAGAGCGACGAGCAGAGCGACGAGCAGAGCGACGAGCAGAGCGACGAGCAGAGCGACGAGCAGAGCGACGAGCAGAGCGACGAGCAGAACGACGAACAGAGCGACGAGCAGAGCGACGAGCAGAGCGACGAGCAGAGCGACGAGCAGAGCGACGAGCAGAGCGACGAGCAGAGCGACGAGCAGAGCGACGAGCAGAGCGACGAGCAGAGCGACGAGCAGAGCGACGAGCAGAGCGACGAGCAGAGCGACGAGCAGAGCGACGAGCAGAGCGACGAGCAGAGCGACGAGCAGAGCGACGAGCAGAGCGACGAGCAGAGCGACGAGCAUAGCGACGAGCAUAGCGACGAGCAUAGCGACGAGCAUAGCGACGAGCAGAGCGACGAGCAGAGCGACGAGCAGAGCGACGAGCAGAGCGACGAGCAGAGCGACGAGCAGAGCGACGAGCAGAGCGACGAGCAGAGCGACGAGCAGAGCAACGAGCAGAGCGACGAGCAGAGCGACGAGCAGAGUGACGAGCAGAGCGACGAGCAGAGCGACGAGCAGAGCGACGAGCAGAGCGACGAGCAGAGCGACGAGCAGAGCGACGAGCAGAGCGACGAGCAGAGCGACGAGCAGAGCGACGAGCAGAGCGACGAGCAGAGCGACGAGCAGAGCGACGAGCAGAGCGACGAGCAGAGCGACAAGCAGAGCGACGAGCAGAGCGACAAGCAGAGCGACGAGCAGAGCAACGACAAGAAUAUCUCGCCUCUAUCAACUCUUUCAUCGGUGUAG